GGCGGCGGCGGCGGCUGCGGAGCCUUCUCUGCCGGUGUAAAAAGUGGAUAGUGACUCACGUGUCAAAGGAUGGCACGGUCACGCUCUAGAUCCCCCAGGUGGAAAUACAGGUCCUUAUCACCAGUACCUAGAAAUUCUGAACACUACAAGCAAAGGCAUCCUUAUGGACUAUAUUAUGACUGUGAAUAUAGGAAAGAUCCACAAAGACCUCUUGGUUGGAGAAUGGACGAUGAGAAAUAUGGGCAGAGUAAACCAAGGAGUCCUCCUCAUGGAAAUAUACAUUACCGAUCUUAUGAACAUCGAUCACCUUCCCCAAAUAUAAGAAGAAACUCUUUAGAAAAUGUUUAUGCUUAUAAGCCUCAUGGGGUAUAUUUACCGGGAAGAGGGGACGGUAACAGAAGGUCUCAGUAUCUGCCCAAAUACUCAGAAGAUGUACCCUACAGUUCCCAGAGGAAUUGUUAUCCCCAGAAUGUGCAGGGAAGAUACGUUCCUGAUGACCACAGAGUGAGAGGAAGUGGAAAAGGAGGGAAACCACCUCCGAGGUCAACAGCAGAUUCUUACAGAUUCGAAGAAAAAUGGCAUGAGGAUGAGUUGAGGUACCAGAGGAUAGAAAGUGAAAAAUAUUCUCAGUCAUUUAGAAGAGGAUCCGAAGAUUUUGAGAAGAGGAACUCUUUUCAGAAGAGGUAUCCUGAGGAUCGUGAUUUCAGAAAAUAUGCACACUCAUCAAAAAGACCUAAAGAUGUGGAGAGGUAUGAAAACCGAGAGCCUGUCAGAAACCCACAGUGGAAGUCUGGGUAUUCUCUUCUACCUUACCAAGAAAAGAAAGAUCAGUGGAACGUUGGACCCCAAACUCACCGACAUCCUCAGAGGGAACCCCCAGAGUCCAGUUCAGCAACCAGGAUCUCCUGUGACUAUCACCACAAACGUCACAAGACCUCAGAUGGAGACCAGGACUUUUCUGAUGGAAGAACUCAGAAGUACUCUAAGGAGGAGGAGAGAAAACACAGUUCUCAAAAAGGUCCUAUAAACAGAGAGUCCAGCUGUUUUAAUGCUGGGAGAGGAAGAGAGACUGAAGGGGAGCAAGUCAAAGAACCUGUUAGACCAUCCAAAAAAAGCAGCACUGCCAGUACUCAUUCCAGUAAAAGUGAUGAUGGUAUGCGGCCCUAUGCUGACAAGCGGAGAGACAAAGGAAGGAAAGACGGGGACGGCAGAAAGGAGAGCAACUCUUCCAGUAACCAGCUCGAUGGGACAUUUUCUGCCAUGAAACCUUCAUCUGACUAUCUGAGGAAGAAAUCCCUUACAGUUAAAGUAAAUGUGAAGAACAUAGCAGAUACAUUCAGGGUUGCUUCUAGCUUUUCCACAGAGAGACAGAUGUCACAUGAUUUGGAGAGACAGAUGUCACAUGAUUUGGAGAGACAGAUGUCACAUGAUUUGGUUGCUGUUGGCAGGAAAAGUGAGAACUUUCAUCCUGUGUUUGAACAUCUUGACUCAACUCAGAAUACUGAAAACAAAACUACAGGAGAAUUUGCUCAGGAAAUCAUAACUAUAAUCCAUCAAGUUAAAGCAAAUUUUUUCCCAUCACCUGGCAUUACCCUACAUGAGCGUUUCUCAAAAAGGGAAGAUACACAAGAUGCAGAUGUAAAUGAAAUUACAUUGAAUUCUGAUCCAGAAAUUCACAGGAGAAUAGAUAUGUCUUUGACUGAGAUUAAGAGGAAACAAAGUAUGGUAUGUGAAUCAGAACAGGCUCUGGUCAAAAUAAUAGAUCCGAAUGACUUACGACAUGACAUUGAAAGGAGGAGAAAGGAACGGUUACAGAAUGAAGAUGAGCGCAUUUCUCACAAAGCCGGUGCUGCAGAGAGGAAUGAACAGCAUUCCAGUUUUUCAAGCUUGAAGAAUACUCAUGAUGAUGGAUUCCAAAAACCUACACAUUUUAUAAAAUCAAAUUUUAGAAAAUUUAUUCAGAAACCUCAAGCUAAUUAUCCUACUAUGCAGAGAAAAGACACCAUUCCUUACAAGCCAUUUGAAGGUGGGGGAAACUACCAGAACACAAGAGGCUUUAGAAAACCUGUUAAGACCAACUUUAGAGGUGGCAAGCUCCAGCCCCAUUUUAAAUCAGACCUAGUACAGAAGAGUUUGUACAUUCAGGCUAAAUAUCAGCGUUUACGGUUCACUGGUCAAAAGGGAUUUAUCACUAAUAAAUUCAGAGAGAAAUUAUUGAGGAAAAAAAAGGAAUAUACAAACGUUGCCACGGCAAUCUAAUCUGGAAUUGUUGCAAAUGGAACUGACACUACAGGACGCUAUUGGGGAUCAUCUCUUUUUGUCAGGAGUUAGAAUUGGCACUAAAGCACUAAUACUGUAAUUUUCUUGAUAAAAAAGUUUAUUUUUUCGUAGUGGAAUGCUGCAACUUUUUAAAACUUAAUCUUCGCUUUUAAAUUGCAGUAUUUUAUUUAAAAGUUGUAUUAACUUGUUUUGUUUUUUUUUUUUUUUUUUUUUUUUGCAAAAAGUCUCAAAAGGGCAUUAUUUGUGGAUGAAUUUUUCUCUGAGCAUGGUUUCAUAGAGAGAACUGAGUUAUAUCCAGACAUUUAUAUAUUGAAAUUUUGCUUAUGUAUUAAAAACAAAAGUAUCUAAAUUGUAUAGUGUCUGUACGUGGACUUUAUACAGUGGCCUUAUGGUAGCAAAUUUUAUACCAGAAUUUUCUUUACCUGAUGACAUUUUGGCUUAUAACUUGAAGUUUUCUUAAGUUUCUGAAGACUAAGGCCUAUAUAACUCAUACGUUUCAUGGUAUGACAUUAGAAGGUUAAUGAAAAGGUGCUUCAAAAUUUCCAUCAGGUAGUUGUGAGUGCACUGAAUUUUUAUUAAUUGGUUUAUUAAGGGUCUUCCACAAUGAUUUGCUCUUUUCCAAUUUCAAAAUCCUAUUAUGGAAAAUAUGUAAAGAUUUUAUAAUCUAUAUUCCACCUUUCCCUCAGGGCAAGCUUGUGCAUAUAAUGUUUUUAAAGGCUUUUUAAACCUCUGACAGACAAAAUCUCAUUCAGAAAUUGUACUUCACUACUACAGCAUUACACAUUUUGCAGAGUGUUUAUUUUCAGUUCAGUUGAUAUGUAUUGAGUACCUACUUUGUGUAAGAUAAAAUUGAUUGCAUUUAAAUGAAAUUUUAGAUUCCAAUACCUUAUUUCUUUGUUUUCUGUGUUCUGCCUAUAGUAGUAUACAUUUUCAGUUAAGUUUUUGUGAAACAUUUAUUUGUAAUAAAAUAUUGUUGCUCCUUCUACUUGAAAAACUUGUCAGUUUAUGAGAACAUUAUUUAAUUUAUAUGAGGCUUCUAGAACCUGUUGAUAUAAAAUAGUGUUCGGCACUUGCAGAGGUAGAACUUUCAAAAUCUGGCAAGAACGUGAUUUUUCAUGACGGGAUUAUAAAAUAUCUUACUACAAAUUUUUAAUUUUCUUUUACUUAAAAGAUAAGGGAGCCAUUUCCUUGGUGGAUCAGCCAAAAGGUGGGCAAGAGCACUUGAUUAAUUAAAAUCAGGUAAUAAAUUUAGGUAGAUGGCCCAUCUCAUGCUUUGUACCAUCUUCAUAGGUCAGGUUUUCCAAGCAAACAUUCCACUAUGGGAAGAAUGAAAUGCAUGUACAUGGUAGUGGUAUGAUAACUGUUAUAUUGUAUUAGGUGCCCAUAACAUCUGCCUUAAAUUUUAAAAUAUUUUUUUCAUUUAUUCCCAUAUCUUGGGAGAACAAAGAGCCUAACAUUUAGCUAACACAUAAUUAUUGUACAGAUUCCAUCCUAAAACUACAGCAGUGAUUAAGCGUGCAAGAUACAUAGAGUCUACCUUUAUAUAGUACGGUCUGAUAGGGAAAAUGGACUUUAAAAUGUAAAAUUUUAACUUGGUAAACAGCAUUGUUCUAUUUUUAGUUACUGUAGCAUUUUUUAAGGGCAAGAUGGUUGAUUCAAUAUUCAUCAUCCCACAACUGAGUUCUUAUUUAGACAUACUUGGAUAUACUUUUGGCAGUGUCUCAAAAUGCAAAGCAUGUUAUUUGCAAAAUGCCUACUUGUAGCAUGUGUAUAUUAGGAAAACAUUGGGUGCAUAAGAUCUAGCUAAGGGCUAAAGAGAAAGACUUUAUAAUUCAGAGUAUGAAGUAAGGAUAGGGACCAUGUAUGUUUUGUUGACCAGUUCCCAUUCUGUUUGACAUGUAGUAGUAGGAGCUCAUUAAAUAGUAGUUGAGUGAAUGAGUAAUAAAUAGAAUGUGUUUAGUAAACUAAAUAUCUAAUUUUUACAUGGAGGAUGAACAAAAGGCUAUCCACAGCAGUUUUUUGUUGGUUGGUUUUUACUGGUAACAAUUUGAAUUCUCCAAUGCAUCAGACUUUAGAAGAGAAAUGUCUUUGAUUUUAUAUACCAUUUCUUGUCCACUUCCUCCUCUGUGUGUUACGCCCUUCUCUGGCUUAGGGAGGACAGAAGAUAGUCCCUGCUCUGAGGAACCUCGUGCCGUUGGGGAGGAGAUUCACAAAAUAAUGAAUUGCAAUAUAGAUUGUUAAGCAAUAGACUGGACAUAGAUGUAAAAGGUUGAGAGAAAUGUAGCAUUCCUGAUUGAGCAUUCCCUGGACGCAUUUCUUUCUUACUAGUUUCACAAACCUCAGAAGGCACUAUUCUAUUAUGGUUUUACUGUUUUUAGUAUCUGUGGUUUGUAGGAAACUGGGUAAAGUUUACACAGGAUCUCUGUUUGUCCUGUAGCCGCAUGUAAAUCUACAAUUUUAUCAAUAUAAAUUUCAAUUUAAAUCACCCGUAAAAUUAUUGCAGAGAAAACUGCUGUAUUUUGGAGAAUACAUUUUCAUUCUUUUCUAUUAGAAAAGUUUUUACAUUAUGAUUUAUGUGGAUGUAUAAUUACAGACCCCAUUUUACCCAAUAUAUCCUUUGUUUUCCAAUUUUUUUUUUUUUGAAAGACGAGAUACUUCCAGGUGGAACCAGAAAAAAAUGAAGCUGGAUCAGAAACUUUUUGCCAUUAUCUAGCAAACUCAACCAUCAUCAGCUACAAAUUCGCCAGCAAUAACCACACCAGGAAGCAAACACUGAGUAAAUAGCCAGAGUGGACAGCGUCUUGGUGAUGAUGACCCCAGUAUGGUCACAAGGACUGCAGGGAAGGUGAAGUCUUUGCCAUGUCUGAAGGCUUCAGUGGAAGAGGCAAGACUCCCCAGGACCAGGCACUUCCCAGGAAGCCAAAGCUUGCAGGAUAAGAUGCGCAUUUGACUGGGUCCAUUGAACCCUGAUUCUGGACAUUUAAUGGGAACCCAGAAGAGAAGGGACACCAGGUUGCCCAACAAAGUUCCAGUAAAAGAAAUUGUUAUGAGCUCUGAGUCCAUUAAAAUACAGGAGAUUUGAAAACAGGGAUUACAGCUGUAGAAUUCCGGUACACUGAUGGAUUGGGGCGCCAGGAGGGAAAGUGAGAUGAAGACGAGCUCACCGCCGCUUCAUCUCUUGGCCAGGUGUCAUGUCAAGUUAUAAUGCCUAGCAUUACAUAAUACAGAAAAGCAAGUAAACAGCCUUAAGUUUUUCAGUCCUUCACACUGUGGUUCUCAAAGUGAGGUCCCCAACCAGUAGCAUCAGUGUCACCUGGGAACUUGUUCCCUACCCCAAAACAACUGAAUGAGAAGCUCUGGGGGUAGAACCCUGAAAUGUGUUAUAAUAAAUCCUCCAGGGGUUUCUGGUGCAGGUUCAAACCUGAGAGUCACUGGCUUAUGUGGUAGCUCAUUUAGGAACCAAUAGCCCUUAUGAUGAGACAUUUUUCUGAAGUUCAGCCCCUUCAGUUUCUAAAUUUUUUUCUAUAACAUCAAAUAAACUUCACUGUAAAAUUUAAAAAGUGUAAUGAUUCCCACCAUCAAUCCUGUCUGUAUAUAUGAAUAGAGAGGUCUGGAAACAUGUCCACCCACUGUUAACACUGGUGAUUUUUUAGUGGUGGGAUUAUGAAUGACUGCUUUUCUGUAUCGGUUGAAUAUAAUGAAUGUUGUAUUAUUUUAUAGAAUAAAGUCAUUCUUUUAAAAAAUGUGGCUAAUGAUAUCCAUUGUAUACCUGUUACUAAAAUCGAUGUAAACAAGCUUUACCUCCUAGGACUGCCUGUUUCAACACAGUGCAGGGGAGCU